GAAAACAUUGGGUUGUACCCUGUGGUUGUGCCAGUGAAAGACUAAUUGAAGUCACAUUUUGAAGAUUAAAAAUGUUUAAAUAUUAAUGAAUUUAAUUUAGGUGAUCUAUUUAUUUACACUAACCAUGGAUCUAGAUGGGAAAUGUGAAAUCUCGACUGAAUUACUCUUCUUUGAUACCUUUGCUCAUGAAAGCGAUCAGGAAUCCAAUCUAGAUUUGGUUCAAUUUGCAAGUCCAAUCAUUAUUGAUGAAAUACGAAUAAUACCUCUUGGAGCUCGAGUAGAGGCUGAUUUUCCCGGCGGAGUUAGACUUGGAGCUACAAAUCCAUCGUCAUUUAAUGUUACUUUCUACAUUAAUGAUUUCACCAAACCUACUCUCUGCACCUUCUCAGACUUUGGCCGGUUCGAUUAUAAACAAAAUAUAAACAUCCAAUUUGUACCUGAAGAACGUAAACCAACAGACGGUCUUUUAAUUAAAGGGUCUUAUCGCACUUUAACUCUCGCUAUUUUUGGGGUUCAAACAAAUGUUAAGGACAUCAUUGUCAAGGAGGAAACGCAAGCAACUACACCUGUGACUGAUCCUUUAGCCCUAAUUUCAGACAAUCAACCAAAUGUUGAUGCUGACCGUGAAGAAUUUCCUUUUAGUGACAAAAAAUAUACUGAAAAUUCCCCUGACUUAGGCAAAGAAAGCAAUCUGAUUUCUGAAAGAUUGAAUCCAGCUGUUAUUGAAAAUCAACAAGCAACAGUUCUACGAUCAUCUAGUGAUUCAAAAUCUAACACUAAUAACAAUAAUAAUAAGUAUUAUAGUGAAAGAACUAAAGAUUCUGCAUCUGAGUUAAGGAGUGUGGAAAUAAAUUCAACCAGUGUAAAUAAUAGAGAUGAAAAUCUCGUUCCACGACAGCGACUAAAGUUAAGUCCAUGUUCUAGACAGUUAAUCUCAAACUCGCCACCUACACUAUCACCUGUUCGUAGUCCACAAAGUCUCAAGAGUCCAAUGAGUCCUCAAAGUGAUAUCAGCUUAAAAUCUGAAACCAUUUUACACAAUCCUCGUUCUCCUAUUAUGGAUCAUGCAAAGUCAAUUUCAUCGAGAAGUCCAUACAAUCGUGGUCGAACAGCUCCUUCAACUCAUUCUAAUCACUCCCCAAGAUCUCCUAGAUACAUUCAAUCAAGAUCACCAUCUCCUUGGUACAAAAAUCAGCACAAUGCUUCUCGUCCAUCUUCACCUCCAUCUCCUCUUUCAUCCAAGUAUCGUAAAGCCCAUUCUCCAACUAAAAUCACAUCACCAGCUAAAACUCCUCCAGAAUUACCAUCUGCUUCUAAAUUCAACAAGAAAAGACAAAGACAUACACGAUCAUCAUCUCGAUCUUGCUCACCACUUGCGAAAAACAAACGAUUAGAAAUUGAAAGUGAUUCUGGUCUAAUAUUACCAGUGAGUACAGAUCUUCUUGAGGAAAUUUCUCCUGAGCAUUCGCUUUCGGACUGGGCUGAAAGUAUAUCUGAAGACGAAAAUUUAGAUGAUAUGGAAUCUGGAGACGACGAGAGUCAUCCAAAUAACAACAUAAGCUCUAUCAACAGUAGUAAAAAUGAUAAUUAUUUCAUUCACUCACCUAAUCAUCAUCAGCCAAGUGAAAGCCAAGAACCCGAACCUUUUGAAUCAAUUUCAAGUGAAGAGGAAUACUUUGAGGAAGGAAACAUAGAAGAAGGCGACCGUCUAUCUCAUUAUUCCGGUUAUGAUCUAAGUGACAAUCCCUUUAAUUUAAAUUUUGACCCUUUCAAUUGCGAGUUCCCUCCUCUUCGUAUGCUUCGUGAUCCAGCACAAACAAAUUAUCAAUAUCUCAGAAACAGCCAAAUGAAUUUUAAUGAAAAUAAGAGAACUCUAUUACUAUCUCAAUUGAAUGAAAUUGAUGGAAGAUCUUCUAUUUGGGUGGAAACUAUGGAACAAAUUGCCAAAGAUAUUGAACUUAUUCCUCUUGAAGAGCAAAAUGUUCUUGACAUCGUUCUGGUUUGGUUAAAGGAUGGUCUUGAUUUUGAUCUCGCCGUUAAACAAACAACUAUUCCUUACAAAGUGCGACAUUUGAAAGCUGGUAUUAAACUUUGCAUAGCUUUGACUAAUACUGAUGAAUCAAUUGUCAAAAAAUUAAUUGAGCUCAAGAUUCCUCUUACAUUAAUGGACCUAUACCAUAAACCUCAUAUGUCACUACCAUUGAAGUUAUUGAUCCUCAGGACAUUCGAUGCUUUCUGUGACUCUGUGACUGGAAUUGAACAUAUUUUGAAUGAUAAAUAUGUUUUCAAUAGUUUACCAACUGAUGAAAUUGCCGAAAGUCUCACGUGCUACCAACAUUUGCUGUUACUUUUAGCGAAUAAGCCUCCAUCAAGAAUUGCAAUAGCUUUAGAAGCUUUGUUUAACAAGAUGCAUUUUUACAAUUUGUUGGAAUCAUUUAGGACAGUAGUUAAUAAUCCCAACAUUAAUGUUCUCACAAUUUCGACGUACCUCCGUGAAAUUGGUUCAACUUUCGUUUCAGCGUGUAAAUUGUUGACUCAAAAAAUUCGUUGUUUACCAGUGACUUGCUUCUUUGAGAUCAAAGAGCCUAAAUGUGAUUGUUUCUUGGCCAUUUAUAAUUGGUUUAAACAUCAUAAAUUCUUGGAUAAUUUAGUUACUCUAUUGAAAAGUUCUGAUUCUGAAUCACUAGCCCUGGAAAUACAUCAACUAAUUUAUUUAAUGAUUUCAGAGGAAAGUUUCCCGCGCUUUCUUCUAUCUGCUUGCUGCUGUCCAAAGACAAAUGAACUAACUUCACUACUAGUUCAUGCUAACAACGAUGUUUAUAAUCAAAAUUACUAUGUUGGGGAUCGACUUAGCUAUCUGCUUCAAUCAUACUCAUUAAUUGAUUCCCUGAUUGCUCGAUUAAAGAGCGAGUCUUUUGACAUGACGGAUUGUGAUGCAGAUACAGAAGUUUGCACGAUAUUUCGUAGUUUUCAUGGUCUCAUUUGCUCUCCUAUUGGAAGAGAAUGUGUUAUCAAAGCUCUUUCAUCUUCAAACAAUUUUAAAGCAGCUUUACUUCCCUUUCUUUCUCCUGUUAAUGACGAUCAAAUGGACCAUGUAUUGUAUAGAUCAGUUUUAUCUGAGUAUUCUGUUAAAUUAUGUCUUUCAAUGGUGCAAUUCGGUGAGCACAAUAUCUUACAUAUUCUCAAAAAUUUUGAAAAUAAUCUUUUGGUCAUCGCUAAAAACAGUCAAUCAUCAAAAGUUUCAUCUUUAUCCGAUUGGCUCAAACCCUUUCAAUUAGUGAAAAAUUUUAGUUACUCAGAAGAGACUUUCAAAGAGCUCAUGACAAUUGUCAAAAACUAUGCCGGUGGAGCGUCCAAGUUAAAAGAUACUGAAAUUUUCAAGCUCCAACCUCAACUAAUAACAAUCCUAAGGAUCCUCUACAAAUUAUGUAUACCGCCAGAGCAAACUUAUCAUUUACUCGAAAAGGAACCAGUCAUCGAGUUAAAAUACUACUAUGCCAUUAUUCAAGUCUAUAGUCAGGAUGGUUUAUCAUCAAUACUAACAUUAUUAAAGAAACUUUCUGAAACUUAUCUGCGUCCAUCUCAUCAGAGUUUCGCUCUUGUUGGAGAUCAAGGUUCUAUUGUGAUGGGAUUUGUCAAACUUGCUGUUAAAUUGGUUAAAGAAAUGCUGAGAGUGUUAAUCAAAGCUCGAGGGAAAGAUUUUCGCGAUGCAACACCCAUACCUGUGAUGUUAAAAGUUUACUCACUUAUGUACAUGUUUCCACGAUCAUCAUUUGCCUAUUCAACCUCUCGAGAAACCAUCAGAGAUAUUGUUGAUAUCCUUAUGUUUUACACUCAACUAUCUUUAACAUCCUCUGAAUUGGAUCCUGAAGCAUUGGCUAAAGGUGUUUGGACCAAAAUGAUCAGUGAAGUUUUGCAAUAUACUUUUUCAUUGCCAAUGACCUUUGUCCAUGGACUGAGUCUCCUUUCAGAGCUGUUACCUCUUCCUCUGCCCUUCCAAACAGUUUCACCUCUUACUGAAGAAGAAGUAAACAAAAUGAUCAAUAUUCGUAAACUUUGGAGCGCACAUUUAUUGGGUCUCUCUAGUGAAUUGGAAAAGCUUAUAUCAAAUUUUGUCAUUAGCUCAUCACCAAUUAUUCAACAACUUUUGCGCCGAGUUUGUAUACAAAUUUCUGAUCUUUCAUCGCCAGCAUCCACCAUGAUAGUUAGAUCAGUGUUGGAAGCAGUACUUGACUCAUUGCCCACUGAACGCAACUCCAAAUUAUCGAUAUCAUUGCUGCAUGUGCUUGAUUUACUUUCGUAUCUUUCCUCUCAUCCUCCAUUUAAAAUGGCUUUCAUUCACACCAUGCACAUUGGAGGUAAAUUGGAUGAAAAAUAUUUCACCAUUGUCAGCAAAUUAUUGAAACUAAUUCGAGAGGAUGUAUCAAAACCAGUUGAGAUUCAAAUCAACCUUCUGAUAUUUGCUUUCCUUCAGUCUCUUUGUGACUCAGACAUUUAUCUCAAUUCCCGCGUACCAACUUCUAGCCUUCAAAUUCUCUCUAAUUCAUUGCCUCCAAGAGAAUCAUUAAAACUGAUCAGCUUAACAUUGUUACGAUUUCUUAAGAAUUCACUAAAAUCGACAGCCGCAUUGAUUACUCAAUCCUCCGAAAAUUCCUCGAUAUCAUCAAUAUCAACUGAAGGCACACCAACUAAUCUCAACUUUUGCUUGCCUGUGCUCAAGGUGUUAUCCCUGUUGUGCUCUCAUGAUUUCGGUUUCAUUCCUUUGAAACAAAGCAUUUUUGAAGAAGCUCAGACAAUACUCAACACAUUAUUGGUCAAAAUUAGUGAUUCAAUCAAGAUGCGAUGUAAACAAAGUGAUCUCAUUCAAGUUAUUAAUGGAUUUGUUGAUUUCAUUAAGGCUUUUAUUCUUGAAAAUGGCCAUCGAACAGCCAAACUGAGUUACAAGGAAAUAGUCUCGUUAUUUGCUUGGGAAUCUAAGGUGACUGAUGAUUUAGUUGACAGAAAAACAUCAACACCGCCAUUAUCCUCACCAUUAGUUAUGUCAAAUGAUGAACAAAAAAUAAACUCAGACACUCAAGAGCCAGUGAAAGAGCCAAAUGGCGAAAGUAAAGACCAAAAUAAUCAAGAAAAUGAUUCCAUGGCAGAUAUUUCAGAGAAAAAGUGUGAAGUUGAAAACGAUAAGGAUUCAAACAGUGAAACAACCGAAGUCACUAAAGUGAACAAUCUUCAUCCGCUGCUCAUCUUGAAGGAAUAUAUUGAAAGUUUAGAUUUGAUGGGUGAAAAUGACAUUAAUGGGGCGAAAAAUAUUAUUAAAAGCUUAUUGAGUCUUUUGUCUUCUCCUACUGAUGAGCCCAGUGGAGAUACACUAACUAACAUAGAGUUACCAGUUAUCGAGCCAUUGCCACUUCAAUUUUCUAAAAGAGAGGUUUUCAUUGUUACUUCCAACAUAGACCAAGAAAAGUUGAAUGCAAACUUUUGGCUUUCAGUGCCAACUUUUGACGAUGACCAUCACCAUAACCCUUAUAAUCAGCUUCAAAGCAAUCAAAAUGUUAUUGUAAAUGAAAUGAAUUCCAAUUCUCAUCUCUUGCAUGAAACUGAAAACAAGGAUGCUAUUCAUGGAGAGAAGCGAAUAAGCUUCAUCGAGUUGUGUCAAAAAUAUUUGUCUAGUGAUUUUAACUUGAAGAAAACGCUGGAAAACUUAUGCCAAAUUCACGAGGGUGAAGGUGAUGUUGCCAAUUCAACUAGUAAACCAUUGAGCUCUGUUAACUCGGUAAAUCAAACAGUUAGACGGAUGGAUUCCUUGUUACCAUCUCGCGAGUCAAAGUCAUUCAGCAAUGUUAAAAAGUCAUUUGUUGCUCCAAUGAGAAAUCGAGGAUUUGGUCGUCCUGGGUCAAUGAUGCACUCGUCAAGAGCAAACGAUCCAUUUAGAUCUCGUCCACCAAAUACAAGUCGACCUCCAUCCAUGCAUGUAGAUGAUUUUGUAGCUUUGGAAAAAUCUGGGACAAAUUGUAAUUCAUAUGAAACAUCAAACAAACGAAUGAAACUAGACUAUUCGAUAAAGAUACGUAAUAGCUCUGCUAGUGGAAAUGCUAGUAACAACACAGGUAGUGGAGCAAACAGUAAUCUAAUGCAUAAUUCAUCUCGUUCUUUUGGUGGCUCAGGCUCAGUUCAAUCACGAUCAUCACCAUCAUAUCACAAUAUUGAGUCUUAUUCAAAUCGUCGAGCAUUACUAUCCAGCUCUCACUCUCAUUCACACCAAUCUCCACUACGCAAUAAUGUGUCCUCAAACUCGACUCGAGGAUCGCUAACAAGGUACUCUAAAGACAAUUAUUCACCACCCGGAGCUAGAUUGGCUCGUUCUGGUUCUACCGGGCCCUCUUCAUCAUCCCAACAUUGGACUAAAAGUAACUUGACCAAUCGAAGAGAUUCUCGUGACUCCAGAGAUUCAAGAUCUAUUCGCUCAUCUAACAACCGUUGAAGCUUUCACAAAAAACACUUGAUGGACUGUAUUUGGAAGAAAAUUGAUUAAGAAAAUUUGAUAAUUGAGAUGAUGGACCAAAAGUUAUCGUUAAAAGCAGUCAUUUUCACUGUUUCAUCUUGAAGGAAACAAGAAAUGGUGUAAAAUUACAUCCAUAAACCAUUGAUGACACCACAUUCUUAUGUGUUUAUAGAUUACAUUUCGCUCAUUAAGAUCAUUUUUACCAUUAUUACUUUUAUCAUGGUAUAACCACUCUUCCUCUUCUCUAUAAAAAAAUCCUUUAUUUCUUAAGUAUAAAGGAGGAAAAUCAAUACACCAUGAUAAAACUAUACAUAUAUAUAUACAUAUAAAUAAAUCUAUAUAUAUAUUUGAACAAAAUUGAUGCUAAAAUUAAAAUAAGAAAUAAAC